AUGGCUUCUUCUGAAAUUAACGUAAAUGAAGUUGAAGGCACCCAUUUCACUAAAGAAGAGGUUAAAAAUCUAAUUAAUAAGUUUAAGAAUGAACAAUAUCACAAAAACGAACAGCUUUCAUCUCUUUUAAAGAAUAUGAAUGAUACCAUUGAUCGUAAUUCACUCUAUCAAAUAUUUAAAACUGGUAACAGAAUAACUUUCAAGGAAUUUGAAGAGUUUUUAACCCAUUUGAACCUCAACCAAAAUAAAAUCAACACUCAAGAACUUUACCAUAAUUUACUUCAACAAUACUCUUUAGAAUAG